UAUAAAAGGCAGGAGAGGCGACACCAGUAGUUAAAUUACCUACACGUGUGAUCAAAAAUGAUGGUGCCUCAACUUCUUGUGGGUCUGCUAUGUCUAGGCCUAGUCAGAGCCUCGGCCUUGCCCGCCGACGGGGGCCGAGCCAGCUCUGUGACAACGCUGACUCUGGUGAGAGGACAGGGCUAUGAGAUUCAGGAGCACACUGUUCAGACAUCGGACGGGUACAUCCUCACCAUGCACCGCAUUCCCUACUCGAAGAACACAGGCUAUGAUGGCGUUCGCCCUGUUGUCUUCCUCAUGCACGGUCUGCUGUGCUCGUCCUCUGACUGGGUCUUGGGCGGCACACACAGUGGUCUGGCCUACCUGCUCUCGGAGGCUGGCUAUGAUGUCUGGAUGGGCAAUGCUCGUGGCAACACCUACUCGAAGAAACAUGCCACCAAAACACCGCUGCUGCAGCCCUUCUGGAACUUCGAGUGGCAUGACAUUGGCAUCUACGAUCUGCCCGCCAUGAUGGACUACGUCCUGUACACCACUGGCGCUGAUCAGCUGUCGUACGUGGGUCACUCCCAGGGCACGACCUCAUUCUUCGUGCUCAACUCCAUGAUUCCCCGGUUCAAGAGUCGCAUACGCUCGGCCCAUCUCCUGGCGCCCGUCGCCUGGAUGGAGCACAUGGAGAGUCCCUUGGCCGUCGUUGGAGGACCCCUGUUGGGACAGCCAAAUGCCUUUGUUGAGCUGUUCGGCAGUGCGGAGUUUUUGCCAAACACCCAACUUAUGAAUUUGCUGGGCGGUCUCUUGUGCAGCGAUCAGUCCAUAUCCCAAGUGAUUUGCACAAACAGCCUCUUCCUGCUGGGUGGCUGGAACUCGCCGUAUCUCAACGAGACAUUGAUACCGGAAAUUAUGGCCACCACACCGGCGGGCUGUUCGGUGAACCAGAUCUUCCACUAUCUGCAGGAGUACAAUUCGGGAUAUUUCCGACAGUUCGACUACGGCUCGAGCCGCAACAAGAAGGAGUACGGCUCCAAGACUGCCCCAGACUAUGAUGUGGCGGGCAUCAAUGUUCCCACAUACCUCUACUACAGCGACAAUGACUACUUUGCCAGCUUAAUCGAUGUCGAUCGUCUUCGCUACGUGAUGGAUCCCAAUUCGUUGAGGAGCGCCUAUCGCCUACCGGAGACUAAGUGGAAUCACUUGGACUUCUUGUGGGGCCUGAAUGUCAAGGAAAUACUUUAUGACCGCGUGCUCAAUGACAUAAGGAAUGCGUAAGCAUGUGUUGCAAAUAAAACUCAAGAUUGUGAGAUCAAGAUCCAAGCAACAAAACACUU